UCUACCUCCAUUUACCCAUUCCCUCCCACAUCCUAAUUUCUUCAGUACUAACCUCGGCUGCUUUACGAAAGAACGAGACCUAGAAAAGCAUGAAGCUCUCCCUUGCCUCCGCCCUUGUAGUAGCUCUUGCCGCUCAAGGCUCUGUUGCUAGCACCUGGUUCGGCAAAGCUGUGUACAACAAAUGGCAUGAAACCGAGCUUGAGCGGUGGCUCUCCGACCACAACGUUGCCUACCCCACCCCUUCAGACCGCAAAGACCUCGAGAAUCUGGUCAAGGACAACUGGCAGAACAACAUCAUCACUCCGUAUAAUAGCUGGGAUGCCCAGACGCUUCAGAGCUACUUGACCCUCAAGGGCCAGCAGGCGAAAAAGGGGUCGGAGAAGAAUACCAAGAGUCUGAUUGACCAGGUUAAGGUGUAUUGGACUGAAACGGAGGAUUCGGCCAACCAGGCCUAUGGCAAUGUUCGUGAUUGGAUCUUCGACAGCUGGACCGAUUCUCAGCUGAAGGCCUUUGCCGACAAGCAUGGCAUCCCCGUCCCCCAGCCCCGUCAACGUGACACUCUCCUCAAGACGCUCCGCGAGAACUACCAAUCCGCUGCAAACAAGAUCUCCGAGACGACCUCUUAUCCCGGCGACUGGCUCUACGAGAGUUGGUCGGAAUCUGACCUCAAGGCUUGGCUCGACGAGCGUGGCCUCCCUGCCCCCCAACCGUCCUCUCGUGACAAACUCAUUGCCUCUGUUCGUCGCAAUUCUCGGCUCGCCAGCCUGAAUAUGCAAGCCGCCUACUCCUCAGCUGCUUCCUCAGCUCAAGCUGCAAAGCAGAGCCUCAGCGAUGCUCUUCUUGACUCGUGGUCCGAUAGCCAAAUCAAGGAAUGGUGCGACAAGAACGGUAUCAACGUUCCCCAAGGCUCCAGGCGUAACGAGCUCCUUGCCCUCGCUCGAAAGCACCGUGCCCAGCUCAUGGGUGACAACGUCUCUGGCACUGCAGCUAGCGCCUAUGGUGCUGCUACCUCCAAAGCAGGCAACCAGUACAACGCGGCCGCCACGGGCUUCGCUGGAUACACAUACUGGAUCAAGCAGCAACUUGGUCUAGCUACCGGCCCCGCCGCCAGCUUCAGCAGUGCGACUUCCGCCGCUUCCAAGUCGGCUGCUAGUGGCUCAAAGUCCGCUCAGAAGGUCUAUGAUGCCGCUACUGAGAGCGCCAUAAAGGCUACCGACCGUGUCAAAGAGGAGUUGUAAGUGCGAUGAGCAUGCGGGUUUAUCGUUUCUUAGAUGACACACACUGGAGCCUCUUUCAUGAGUGAGCUUGUUUACGGUUCUCUAACGCAUCAUUCACGAGAUUAUGACCUAAGCCUUCCACUGGUUGGGUGGCUGGGUGGUGAAAACUAAUCCUGUAUCUUUACUUUGGGCAAUAAAACGAUCGAACGAAAACCACCUUAGGCCUUGGGCUCUUUCUAAAUGGAGGGUGGCCUUAUUAAUUUUGGGAAUGGAAAUGGAUUGCUUUGGAGAUUUCUUUCCUAGGUUGGGUGGAUGGC